AUGAAACUACUGAUCUUAUUUGUUGGCUCAUGCAACAGGUCUCGCUUGUGUGAGAAUCCUUCUGUUUAUCUCACUAGCGCACAGGAGGUUCAUGACCUCCUAGAUAAGUUGGAAGAGACGGCUCAAAAACUGAAGAACGCCGCCGAGAGCUUAGGUCGAACCAAGAGGCCCCAUCCAGAUGACGCUGACGAGGAACAGAAACUCCUCUUGCUCUUGUGGGACGCUAAGUCGGCGCUAUAUGUGCAAGCCGUGCAACUCUGGGCCGAACGCCAGCCACUCACCGACUCCAGAACAUUGGGCCGCCGUCUAGGAACAAAGUUGAGCAAAAAGAUUCAGAAGGCAAUCCAAAGUCGUCGUGGGCCAAUCAACAAACUCAUCGCGCAUUACAACACUCAAUUUGAUCAUUACGUGGCCAAGUUUCCAAGAGAAUGA